UGUGACAGGCUCUGGGAAAACCAGACUAUUGGAGCAGAAUUUAGUAUUGAGCUACAGCUAAAUUUAUGCCUACAGUAUAAAAUCUCAAAUAAAAUGUUAUUGAUGUAUAAGUAUCUACAGUCCUUCUACUACCUCUCUGUAAAAUCUGAUGCUCUAAAUCCAACUCUUUCCAUCGAAACGCUUCGUCCAAAGUUUCGCUAUUACCUUAUUUUUCCUAAUUAAGCAAUCUUUGAGAGUCGUUUUUCUCGAUACUACAUUUUACGGCUUCGAGUUUCCAACGUGCAUGACUCGGGUAUGAAACUAGGUAUGUGAACACUAAGCAUAUCAUUGUGUAGGCAAUGCUCUGCUCUAUUAUUUGGUACAUUAAUCACACAUAUUUUAGUCUGCUCCAAUAGUCUGGUUUUCCCAGAGCCUGUCACAUAUAUAGAUUUAGCUAUAGGCAUAAAACAGUUAUCCUAUACAAAGUUCAACAAUUAUAAUCUAGGCUGAGGAGUUGAAAAUCUAUAUAUAGCUGUGAUGUACAAGCUUAUUGCAUGUAUUGUGAUUCUGUCUGCACUGUCACAAGAGUCAGUACAAGAUGGCAACUGUCCUGACUGUCCUGACUGUCCAGUCUGUAGAGCACCCACUGCUGAGGCUUCAAUUACAAGCACCUUUGCUGGCAGCUUCAGUAAAACCAGACGGAGAAGACAAGCCGCUACAUAUUCAGAGCCUGAUUCCAAUGCUCCUACAACACGAGGCAAUGAAUUUGCCCUUGCAUUUAUGAAAAAUACUGUUGAAAGAGCUGAAAUAACACUUUAUAUUACGACUGAACAAAAUGUGUCUAAUUUCACUAUUGAAACAAAGUUUUCAGGCCUAAUAGGAUUCAACGAGACAUCACCUGACAGUGGAUUGUACUGUCGUACUGGCACAGCUCGGAGGGGGGAAUACACUAUCAUUCAAUUGCAAGCUGGUGGAGACUCUAAUGGACUACUGCCAGAUUUAUCAGUACGGAGUGAUGGUGAUAGUGAUACAAGUGAUAGACAAAAGGGACUGAACUUAACUGCAGAUAAUCAGAACGAUGAGCUCACAAUAUAUGCUCUUAGCAGUGAUGAUAAUAUGACCUCCGCUGAUGCUUUCAUGGCUAUUAACUGUGUCGCAUUAUUUCCAACAGCGACUAAUUAUCAGUAUUUCGUAUUCUCUUCGUAUACAUCUUUAAACAAUGCUAUUGGUACAAGCCAGUUUCUCGUAACACCUUGUCAGAAUAACACAACUAUUCAUGUUAGACCAUCACAACAGCACACUCAUCCUUCCUGGGUGAAUUCAACUGAAGAAUUUACAUUUACUGGUACAGAAACAUCCUAUCAGCGACCUUUCAAUCGCUUUGACACUUUGAUGCUUAGUAAUCCGAAUGAUUUGACGGGAACUAUCAUUACAUCCAACAAGCCAUUGUCGGUUUUCAGUGGCACCUGUGGUACUAGUAAUACUAUGAUUUAUCUUGUGGAACAAGUUCCACCUCACCCAACGUACGGUGAUCGUUUCCUUCUUGCCCCAUUUGAUUUGCAACCUAGAGUGUUGCCAAAUUACUUGCCGAUGAAUAUUGAUAUUUAUCGAAUAGGCUCUGUCAGUGAUGAAGUAUCUAUACAAGUCAACUGCCCAUGUGAGCCGAUCCCUUUGUUCAGUAAUAGAGUGCCCCUCUCAGGUUCUGGUAGCUCUUUUACUGCUAUUAUAAAUCGAGGCCAAUUCGUUGAAUGUGCAGCACCAGUAAACAAUCGUACGUUUUGCAGCAUUGAGUCGACACGUCCAGUUACAGUUAUGAGUUAUCACUUUGGCUUAUUUCAAAAUCGUCAGAAUCUGCAAGAUACCUUGCUAUCCUCUUGGUUGAUGGUGUAUACGCCACCUACUGAGUCCUAUCUGACUCGGUACAGUCUUCCAAGUCUGCCAAAUGAUUUGUCCUUAAGCUAUUUCCAGGAAAGUGAGCAUGUGCUGAUCACUCCGGGAUUACUUGUCAACGGAAAUGCAUCGAUAGUAUCUGAUUUGUAUACUCCUAUCAAUUGCAGUGAAUUAUGUUCCGGACCAUUCCUAUGCGGACGAGGAGCUACUAGACUUAUAGGCCUAAAUGAAACAAAUUCUGUUAAAUCUUUACAAUUUUCUGGUAACACACCAUUCUGGGGAUAUGCAUACGGUUUUUCUCCGGAACUUUCAAUUGCUUACUCUCUACCGUUUGGGAUGAGACCAAUAGGAUUGGCCUGGAUUGAAGCUCAAAACAUUACUGUUCUAGAAAAUGUGGAUCUUGCGGGAAUGGAGUUCAUGAUAACGAGAGGAGACCGUUCGGUAAUGACAAGAGCUUUUGCUGUCACUAGAAAUUUAACUGCAACAGAAGGAAAUGACUUCAAUUCAACUCAAGGCACUACUGACAGUAGUAACUUGGUAUGGAGAGCUGGUAAUUCAGCUCCCAAUGUUCGAUUCACCGUGCCCAUAAUUAAUGAUGACAUUCCGGAACCAAAUGAAGUAUUAGAGAUUGAAAUUCGAUGUGAAGAUAAUGGAAACUGCUAUAUACCACAACAAAUUUACACCAUCACCAUUAUAGACGAUCAAGCCGUUUGUCGUGACUUGCGUCAAAUUGAAAUUGAGAACGGUGAUUCGAAUUAUAGCAUGGAGGGACGGAUUUUUGGUAGCUUUAGAUAUAGACCGAAUGGAACUGUUGCAAUGUACACUUGUAACGAUGGAUUCAAGCUGGAUGGAAAUGUCAAUAGGACAUGUGACACUGGAAAUUGGACGGGCACGGUACCUGUGUGCGUAGAAGCCCUUUGCCCUACCCUGUCUCAAAUUGACAACGGUACUUUGAUAUUCAAUUCGGAUUCCCCGGAUGGCUCUAGAACGAAUGGAACUGUUGCACUUUACUCUUGUAGCGAUGGGUUCAUGCUGGAUGGAUUGGACAAUAGGACAUGUUUCAAUGGAGUUUGGAACGGCGAGGAGGACCCUAUGUGCAUAGCAAUCUUUUGCUCUAACUUGUCUCAAUUUGACAACGGUACUUUGAUACGGUACGAUAUGGAGCUGUUGAAUGGCACUAGACCAAAUGGAACUGUUGCAAGGUACACUUGCAUGGAUAUGGAUAGAUUCAUGCUGGUUGGAGAUGCCAAUAGGACAUGUGACACUGGAAAUUGGACAGGCACGGCACCUGUGUGCAUAAAAACAUUUUGCCCUGACGACUUGCCUGAAGACAUUGACAAUGGUGCUUUGCAGGGGUACGAACCGGGUCCUUUAAAUGGCACUAGACUGAAUGGAACUGUUGCAACGUACACUUGUAACUUUGGAUAUAGCCUGUUAGGAGAUGUCACUAGGACAUGUGACACUGGAAAUUGGACGAGCAAUGCACCAUUGUGCACACUAAGCUUGGGUUCGAUAAUUGCGAUCUACAGUGUGAGUGUUCUUACUUGUCUGGUGAUAAGUUGCAGUCCCUGUAUAUGUGUUUGUGUAUGUUACGCAAGGUUAAGACGCUACAAAAAAAAGAGGCCGAGAGUGUCUACUAUAAGAAUACGGAAGCUAUCUGAUCGGAGCAAUCUUAUGGAUUAUCAAAUGCGAGAGAUUGUAAAGUAUGUUCCAGAAUCAAUGAGAAUUCCCAGCUCCAAUCUCAAACUGCACGAUGCAGUCGGUCAAGGAGCCUUUGGGAUUGUGUACAAAGGACUACUAAUGGACUGGAACAAUGUUUCUAUUAGGGGUGUGGCUUUGAAGACACUGAAAGGUCUGUUCACUCUGAGUGACGUACAGAGCAUGGUGAGUGAGAUCACUAAGAUGCAAGAGUUCCACCACCCUCACGUUAUGUCCCUGAUUGGGGUGUGUCUCGACGCUGGACCCGGUGUUUCCAUGGUGAUGCCGUAUAUGACCAAUGGGAGUCUACUAGACUACUUGAAGAAAGAGAGGUCAACCCUAGAGUUGGCCAAGGGAGAGGAUUCUGAAAAGGUGUUAGCUGCGAGGAAGCUGUUGUUGAAGAUGUGUCAUCAGAUAGCUCUUGGAAUGGUAUAUCUUGCUCAACACAAGUUCAUCCAUCGAGACCUGGCUGCCAGGAACUGCAUGUUGGACUCUAACGGUGACCUCAAAGUUGGUGAUUUUGGUCUGGCCGAGGAUACGUAUGCGCAAGGAUACUUUAGACAGAAUGAAGCUGAGGGAGUCAAACUGCCGUACAAAUGGAUGGCAAUGGAGAGUCUAAAUGAUGCUAUCUUCUGCGAGAAGACAGACGUGUGGUCAUAUGGUGUGACUGUGUGGGAGGUCUUCAGUAGUGGCCGGACCCCCUACCCUGGAGUGGACCCAAUGUCCCUAGUGGCUCUACUCAGAGAGGGCAAGAGAUUGGAACCUCCCCAGAAUAUUGCCUGCUCCACAGAGAUUGUCUCGCUGAUGACCAGAUGUUGGUACGAAGAUUAUGAGGAGAGGCCAUGCUUCGAUGAGCUAGCAGCCGAGUUAGAGAAAGUUCUGAGCACCAUGGUGGGCUACGUGGAACUGAACAUGGAGCUAGUCGCCAUCACUGAGGAUGAACACAAAUAUGAUCACGUCCUCUCGCCCGAAGAACAGAGGAAAAUUGCAGAGACCGCUACUGAAGAAGUUGUCAUAGAAAAAAAUGCUGCGUACGGGUUAAGAUCUGAAGACCAGUUACAAGCUAGACAAUUAACCAUGGAGACCAAGCUUGCGUACGAGCUAAGAAGGGAAAGCGAACUACCGAAAAAUCCCGCUGAACAAGUUACUGAAUCAGAUGACUAUUUCAACAGUGACCCACACUCUCCACUGCUAGAGCCCGUCGACACCACAGGAUAUGCUAGCGUACCGCACAGACGAUCGUCAUCUUCAUCAUUCAGUUAGCUAGGGUUUUAUUUUAUAAGCAAACUUCCUAAGCUUACCCUGUCAACUUUAUAGUCUAUAGUUGGUCCUAUAGAUUUACUCAUUGCAGUGUGCUGAGUGUGCUAAGUGUAAAAUUGUAUAAUUCUCCCUCAAAUUAAUUUUUGUAAGUGUUUUAUUGCCA